AUGGACGGCAACGCACUGUCGCCUGCAGUGACAGCGAGCAUCACACUGGGUUCCAUUCUCGGUUUACUACUCAUCGCACUGAUUGCCGGAUCUUUGUGUUGGCGAGAAGCUCAUCAAUCUCAGGGACCGAGUGUCUUUCCAAUCCUGUUCGCGGCCGUGCUUGGACGUUUGUUCAAGGCUCUCAUGAAUUGGCGCCUUGAGCACGGUGCGAAGUUGGGUUUUCUGGAUCUCCUUGCUGGUAGUACCAGUGCAGCGAACACGAUCCUCACGCAGAUCCACAUUGGGUUGCCGAGUCUUCUUGGCCUGAUCUUGCUGGUAGCAUGGGCCUUCUCUCCACUGGGAGGUCAAGCAACGCUGCGAGUCCUACGUCUUCAAAGCUCCGACACGCUCACGACGAACGACAUCAUGUACAUGACAAACAACAUCACCUACAUGACUUACGUGUCUGGAAGUCUGGGCCUUCUCGGGACAUUGAUAAAUGGUCUUUUCAACGCCGCACUCCUCGGCCCGAGGAGGGUCAAAGAGUCACCGGUGGACACGUGGAAUAACGUGAAAAUCCCGAUGAUUGAGUACAUCGCUCAGGACCAGCAAUUAAUCAUCAAUAGCACUUGGCUGCCAGUACCACAAGAUGAUAACGUGGUGUAUUCCUCGCUCAUUGGUAUACCGAUUUCGACUAUGCCUUCCGACUCCAGAUCUACCUUCUUCAUGGAAACGUCGUACCUGAUCUUGGAUUGCUCGAAGAUCAAGAUGGUGGAUCAGGAGGAUGGUACAUUCUUUGGGAGCCAGGCCGUUGUAGGCACGUCCAGUGCGAAUGGAACAACCGCCGAUAGGAGGUUUAUGAGUGUCGUGACCGAGGAGGUCCACUACUCUGGCAUAUUCACCAAUUCGACGGCCUCCAAGAACAUAUCGUGCCAUCGAGAUGAUCCGCACAACGACAUGGACCCUCGACUCGCCGCAUACUACUUUUGGUCUGGUUCCCCGGAAGAGGGGAUCGAGUUGUACAACACCCUUUGCAGCUUUCAAACCACUUAUGUGGAAGUCGAAGUAACCUGCGACGGUCCAGGUUGCCGAUCGACUCGGAUACGAAACUCUACUCUUGCCAAUCCUGCAAGAACGUGGACGUUAUUUGACGGCGAUCGAACAAAUUGUCUUUGGUGGGCGUGGUUCAUGCAACUCUUCAUGAAUAGUGUGACUGUGGGACGCAGCGGCGCGCCAACGCCAGUGCAGGGCUACUUCCUCGAUCCGAACUCACCCGCAUCUCCUCUCAGAAACAAGGGGCAGAAUCCGAUGCAACUGGACGCUCGCACGUUCGCCACCAGAUUUGCACAAUUACUCAACUCGUUCAUGCUCAUUUGCGCCGGACCAUACGCCGUGUCAUACGGCUUCGAUGGAGAUAUGCCGGGAGCGGAUAUUGAACAGGCGACGAAGAUAAACACAGCUGCGCAGUCAGUCCGCAGCUUCAAGAUCAUCGUUUGCGAUCCCGCAUGGCUGACUGUGCUUCUCAUCGCUUCCGUCUUCCUCCUCGCCGCAGGAGCAAUGUCUAUUGCGCUGCGGGCUAAGCGACGAACCCCUGAAUUGGCAUUGAACUGGUCGACCGUCAUUCGCGACAACCCGCACAUUCCUGGAGCGGACACUGCAUGUCUACUCGACGACCUACAGCGAUCGAAGCUGCUGCGGCACACUUCGUUGAUGUUUGGAGACGUCGCUUCCGACCGAGAUGUUGGGCACUUGGCCAUCGGAACGAAGGAUGGAGGCGCGAGCUCGCCACGGAAAGGCAAAGCCGGCGAUCCGAGGUAUAGUAUGCGUACCAGAGUCGUCGAUACAGCGGAACGACUCGUGCCGGUAGCAUGA